AUGUCUACUACACCACAAGUCUUUGGCAACUUCGAUCUCAUUCAGAAGUUUAAACUAGACUUUGCAGAGGUUGUCGUAUCCAAAUACAGGAGCAGAAUUACUGGUUUAAGCAUUGUACAUCUCGAUUAUGAAGCGCCUAUCGUAAAUGGCUAUUUUGUAGUGCCCACAGAAAUUUUCAAUGACUCGGGAUGUCCUCAUACCUUGGAACACUUGGUAUUUAUGGGCUCUGAGAAGUACCCAUACAAAGGGAUCAUCGAUCAUUUGGCCAACCGUGGAUUCUCAAAUGGAACAAACGCUUGGACAGACACAGACCAUACUGCCUACACUGUCUCCACUGCUGGAGAACAAGGAUUCCUCCAGUUACUGCCGAUAUAUGUAGAUCAUAUUCUCUAUCCUACCAUAACCAAGGCUGGGUAUGUUCAUCACAUAGAUGGAAAAGGGCAUGAUUCUGGGGUUGUCUACAGCGAAAUGCAAGGAAGAGAAAAUACUUCAGGCGAUCUUAUGGCGCUCGGCAUGCAACGGCUUCUUGAUCCCCCCAGUAGUGCAUACCGCAGCGAAACUGGCGGACUGAUGGAAGCGCUUCGGAGAUUAACUGUCGAGCAAAUCCGGGAGUAUCAUGGAUCUUAUUACGUGCCCCACAAUCUGUCUCUGAUCGUGGCGGGAAAGCUGUCGAGCGGGACUGAAUCGUUGUUAUCGGUUGUGCAAGAGCAAGUGGAACCUAGCCUCAUAGCACACGGUCAGAAUCGCGGUCCAAAGCCAGAGGGUUGGAAGCGUCCUUUCCUAGAGACACCAAGUGCUAUCAGACCCCCAAUCAAAGAGUCUAUCAAAAAAAUUAUAGAAUUUCCUGAACAGGACGAAAGUGUCGGUGAAAUUAUCAUCAAUUUCUUAGGCCCGGCUCCAAAUGAAUUUUUAGAGAGAAAGGCCUUGGAUGUUCUCAGUACUUAUCUCACUUCAUCUGCUGCUGCUCCUUUGAAUAAAGAAUAUGUCGAAAUUGAGUCACCAUUAUGCACCUACAUCUACUUUUCGGAAGAUACUAGAGCGACGCGUGUUUCUAUGCCUAUCUAUGUUGGAUCCGUGUCGACCGAAAACCUUGACACCUUUGAUCAAAAGCUCAAGGCCAGCUUUCAGCGAAUUGUCAAUGAGGGUAUUGAUAUGGAACGUAUGGCUAUGGUCAUUAACCGCGACGAACGUCAACUCCGAAGCAAACUGGAAUCUGCGAAAGGAGACACUUUCUCUGGGACUGUGAUCACAGAUCAUCUGUAUGGUGCUGAGGAUGGAUCGGAGCUUGCGCCCUCUAUGGCCGAAUUUGAUGCAUACGCUGCCGUCAAGAAGUGGACCAGCAAUCAAUGGACUAACCUCCUUCAAAAGUACUAUAUCGAUCCUUCAUCUGUUGUUGUCAUCGGACGUCCUUCUGCAGCCCUCGCUGCAAAGCUGGAAAAGGACGAGAAGAAACGCCUCGCUGCACAAGUCAAGAGGCUUGGUCCUGAGGGUAUCAAAGCUGCUGCGAAAGAACUCGAGGAAGCCAAGGCUGAACAUGACAAGCCCAUUCCCACAGAAGUUCUUACACAAUUCCAGAUUCCCAGUGUGAAGAGUAUUUCUUGGAUACCUGUGCAAAGUGUCCAACAGAAAGGGAGGGGCCGAUCUGCUCUACCUACUCCAUCAAGUUCAGAUCUAGCCAAAAUCAUAGCCUCUGACGGAGAUGAGCUGCCUUUCUUCGUGCAAUAUGAUCACGUAGAGUCUGACUUUGUUAGCAUUACCGCAUUUUUCUCAUUAGAGAACUUACCUCAGCGGUUACGAAAACACAUAUCCACAUACCUCUCUGCCUUCUUCGCCCUUCCAGUGAAGCGUCAAUCUGGCGAGCGGCUUAGUCACGAAGAGGUGAUUAACAAACUCGAUGAUGAAACUGUAUCUUAUGAGGUCGGACUGGGUAUUGCGAACUCUUUCGCCGAAACGCUUCGCAUUACCAUCAAAGUUGAAAAUGCCGCCUAUGAAACCGCAAUCGCCUGGCUCAAGGACCUACUAUAUGGUAGUGAAUUUGACAAGGAACGGUUAGCGGUCACCAUCGCUAAAGUACAGCAAUCUCUCCCAGAGAUGAAGAGAGAUGGAAGCACUGUACUCAGUUCCUUAUGGGCUGAUUUAAUGUUCAGCGAGAAGUCUACCUCUCGUGCCGGUGGUGUCCUCCCUCAAGUGGAGUUUGUCCCUAAACUUGCAAAAGAGUUACAAGAGUCUCCAGAAAGAGUUAUCGCAGAUUUUGACGAGAUCAGAAAGCACAUGAUUGAUCCUUCUGGGAUGCGUUUCUCCGUAAGCGGUAAUGUUUUGAAGAUCAAUCACCCUCGUAGCACAUGGAGGAAGUAUUUCCAAGACGUACCAGAAGCACCCCUAAGUCCCAUCCCAUUUUCUGCCGAGGUCCUUAGUCCCGUUGGUGCUAAUCCCGUCAAAAAGGCUCUCGUCAUGAGUCUUCCUACCAUUGAGAGCUCAUAUGUGAUCCACACAUCAAAAGGAAUCCAGGGUUUCGACCACCCUCAAUAUCCUGCAUUCCGUGUAGCUCUUGAAGUGUUAAACGCAACUGAGAGUUAUUUAUGGCGCUAUAUCCGGGGAUCUGGUUUGGCUUAUGGCGCAUACGUAUCGCUGGAUGUGGAAUCCGGUCUGCUUAGCUUUUCUCUUUAUCGAAGCUCAAACAGUAUGGGUGCAUUCAAGGCUGCCUCUACGGUCAUCAAAGGCCUCGCCGAUGGCACGGUAACUCUUGAUGACACUACCGUGGAUGCAGCAAAGAGCAGUAUCGUUUAUGGAGUUACCAAAACUGUAUCCACAGCUAGUCGAGCUGCCAUCGUGUCUUUCACCAAUCAGGCCCUGAAAGGUGUACCGCAGAAUCAUCAAAUGGAGCUGCUUGAGAAAUUCCAAGCUGUAACCAAAGAAGAUAUCAUUUCCGUUUUCCGCAGCCAUUUCCUACCCCUUUUCGAGUCUCAAUCUUCAGUUGCAGUGGUAGUAACUGCUCCUUCCAAAGCUGAUGAAAUUGACGCUGGUCUUGCAGGCUAUGGAUUUGAAGUUGAACGAAGGACGUUGGAUAUUGAUCCCAAUGAAAUGGCAGGCUCGGACGAAAGUGAUAGUGAGAGCGGUAGUGAGAGUGAUGAAUCUGGUUUGCACUAA